GUAUCAAACCUGACAGAAGCAUAAAAUUCAGCAAAACAGAGCGUGGGUCUUGCUGCAUGAGGGAGGCCCCGCGGAGAGGCAAGAUGGGCCCUUCCCCGGAGGGAGCGCGCAGCCGUGCCCGCUGAGUUUGCCGGGAUGGAUCUCCAUGAGGAUUACAAGUCACCGUUCGACUUCAAUUCUGGAGUGAACAGAAGCUACCUUUACCUGUCGCCUGGUAUAAACCUUUCUCCGCCUGGAUCACCUGUGCUGAGAAGCUCUGGACUGCUGCGAACUGACCCUAUACCUGAGGUUGGAGAGGAUGCUGCUGCUACAGUUAGUAUGUCGGAAACACUGUCAGAAGAAGAGCAGGAUGAACUAAGAAAAGAACUUGCUAAGGUAGAAGAGGAAAUCCAGACACUCUCACAAGUGCUAGCUGCCAAAGAGAAGCAUCUAGCGGAAAUCAAGAGGAAGCUGGGAAUUAACUCGUUGCAGGAACUAAAGCAGAACAUCACCAAAAGCUGGCAAGAUGUCACAUCAACUACAGCAUACAAGAAGACAUCAGAAACCCUGUCUCAGGCUGGUCAGAAGGCCUCUGCUGCUUUUUCAUCUGUUGGCUCAGUCAUAACCAAGAAGUUUGAAGAUGUGAAUAUACGCUCCAUACAACAUUCAAUUAGCAUGCCUAUUAUGAGAAAUUCUUCAACUUUCAAAUCUUUUGAGGAAAAAGUUGAAAACAUAAAGUCUAAAGUUGGAGGAAGCAAACCUGCUGGGGGAGACUUUGGAGAAGUUCUUAAUUCUGCCGCUAAUGCUAGUUCCACAGAAAUCAUUGCAGAACAGACACAGGAGGAGACCAACUGAGAUUCCUGCCUCUGUCCUGCUACCCACUGCCAGAUGCUACAAGCAAAAACUAAGCACACUUGUAACAUUCUUUGCGCUCUUUCACCAGAUGUGCUUUUAUUUAGCACAUAGCUACUUUACCAGAUUAAUUGAUACCAAGCUUGUUUUCUGGGUUCAAAAUAUUUUUGAAACUAAAAUACAUUGUUUGGGUUUUCGUGUGGGAAGGGGAAUUUUUAUGCCUUUCAAACGUUUAAAGGACUUAUCCCUAAUUUGAAGGCAACCUUUAAAGUAUAGCAUUGAAAAUACUCUUUGGAGAAGUUAAUUAUACUGUACAUAUACUGUGGAUACAUAACUUCUUUUCAGUCUGUAACUAUUGUUCAACUUAAUCAUUAUAAAUCUACUUCUGCCAAACUGAAGCUUGUUACUUCACUCUUGUGAUUACUUCAGUUAAGUGUUGCCUAUGUGGGACAUCCAACUAGGAAGAUCACUCCCAGCUAAAGAAAGGACUGCUGCUUCAACAUGCUUAAAUUAUUCACAGCAGGAUUACAGAUAUGUAGGAAUAUACUGUAUUAAGAGCUUGUUCCUUGUACAACAGAUGUGGAUAGGGUAAUACACAACACCUGAAACUUAGUGAUUUUUCUGUGGAUCAUCCAACUAGGAAAUUUUUGACCACUGCAAAUGGAAGCAAGAUGCCUAAUAGUGUUGGUUUAGCUGGGCUACAGUAAGGCCUCCAAUCUCAUGUUUUGUACAUGAUCUUGAUGUGUAAAGAUAUACUUGUCUGAAACUUUCGAUCUGUUGUGAAUAAGUUCAUCUUAAACCACACAUGAUGGUGUCACAUUUACACUAACAAAGCAUGGAAUGUAGGCAUAUGCCUGACCGUGGAAGUUUUUUAAUUUUUUUUUUUUUUUGGGUAGCAAGACGACUGCUCCCAAAUGCUAAUGUUAAGUUUCACUGUAGUCCCUGUAGACUGAGCAUCUAAAUGUAGCUCUGCUACAUAAGGUGUGUUUUGUUUUUUUUUUUUUUUUUUGUUAAAGGCCUGCACCACUUGUGCCCCUACUCCUGUUUAAAGCCACAGAAAUCCAUUUUGAGAGGUGCACCAUGUCAUAUUGCAGCAUAGACAUGUUACAGGAUCUGCUCUCCUACCUGUUGCUUUAUCCACUGUAUGUACUCUUGAAAAUUCUUGUAUUUUUUAAGUUUCUGGCACAUGGUGUGUGUAAGAUUACAAGUUUUGGCAAAUGUUUUAUCACCAUGCUUAGAACAGGAAACAAGUCUUGAAACAUUUGUGUGAAAUCCGUGAAAUUCUAACUGCCACAAAUGUCUGGUGGAAAAAAAAUACUGGCUCCUGAUGACUUUGUUAGCAUGUCAGAUGUAGUGUAUAUGCUCAAUUACACAUGAGAGCAGCUUAAUAAAAGCCUGUAUGUGAGGAA